AGAAAUGGUAUAAUCCAUUUUCAGGUGUCUCAUAUUGUAUUAGAUGCUGCUUCAGGCCUGAAUGUGAAACUACAAUAUGUUUCAUUUAGUCAUUGAAGUUACAAACAAUAUGUGAAAAAAUGUUUUAACCAAUAUGAACUGGGCUUAGUGUCUGAUAUGAAGUGUUCUUGAAUGCAGCUCUCCUUUUCAUGUCUUUGCGUUGCUUUGUUUCUCCUCUGAUUACUUCUUCAGUGGCGUAAACAAUCUGGUUGUAUAUCUGGGUCUCCAGAGUCAACAGCAACCCAAGCCCAAUGCAGUGAAUCGGAUGGUAACACAGAUCAUCAGUCAUCCCAACUACAACGCCAAUACUCAAGACAAUGACAUCUGCCUCCUGAAGCUGUCAUCUCCAGUGAGUUUCACCGACUACAUUCUGCCCGUCUGCUUGGCGGCCUCAGGCAGCACCUUCUACAACGGCACUGACACCUGGGUCACUGGCUGGGGCAACAUUGGAAGUGGAGUGUCCCUUCCCUCACCACAAAACCUAAUGGAGGUGGAGGUGCCAGUUGUGGGAAACAGACAGUGUAACUGUAACUAUGGAGUGGGCCAUAUCACAGACAACAUGAUGUGUGCCGGGUUAAGUGCUGGAGGGAAGGACUCCUGUCAGGGUGAUUCUGGUGGUCCACUGGUGAGUAAGCAGAGCAGUCGCUGGAUCCUGGCUGGAGUUGUGAGUUGGGGAGAGGGUUGUGCUCAGCCUAAUUUACCAGGAGUCUACACCAGAGUGUCCCAGUAUGAAAACUGGAUCACCAGCCAGGUCACAGGCGACCAGCCGGGAUUCAUCACUUUCACGUCCAAUGGGACUGACAGUGACCUCAGUGUUACCUGUCCGGGCCUACCCCCACCUCCAACCACACUCCCUCCAACAGCCAAACCUGUGGUCUGUGGCCAAGCCCCACUGAAUCCUCGUAUCUUGGGAGGAAGCUCAGUGGUGACAGCUGGCGUGUGGCCAUGGAUGGCAAGCCUACAGUGGAAAGGACGUCACGUGUGUGGUGGGACUCUGGUGGCUGUGGACUCUGUACUGAGUAAUGCAAACUGCUUCUCAAAUUCCCCCAUAGCAUCUGAAUGGACUGUGGUCUUGGGCCGUUUGAAACAGAAUGGCACCAACCCCAAUGAGGUGACACUAAAGGUGACUAAUAUCACCCUGAGCAACCUAACUGGGUCUAAUGUAGCAGUGCUGCAUCUGGAAGCUCGGCCCACCUUGACCAACUUCAUCCAGCCCAUCUGCCUGGACAACGGCCGAACCUUCGCUGUGGGCUCAAAAUGCUGGGCUACUGGCUGGAGCUCUGGACAAGGAGGGGUGGAAGAAGUUCUGCAGGAGAUUCCGACCUCGGUGGUAAAUUGUGAGAAUGCAUCAACAACUGACAGCAUUUGUACAACAUCUUUUACACUGGGGCAGGGUGAUUCUGGUGGGCCGUUGAUGUGUAAGCUGGGUGGCUCUUGGUUCCAGGCAGCAGUGUUGACUGCUGACACUAACACCACUGGGCAAACACGAGCAGCUACAAUGAUGACCUUCACCAAACUGAACCAUUUUGAGAGCUUCCUGGUUAAUACACUGGGGACAUUUUUGUCUCCAACUUCCGCAGCUGCAACCACCCAAUCCACCAACAUAACUGCCACCACUCGUGGGGACGCCCCUGCUCACUUUCCCUUCUUCUUCCAUCUCCUUCUAUUCUUCAUGUGUCUCCACCUCUUUAUGUAGAAACCUCUAACCUCACUAUUAAUAGUGAUUUACAUAAUGUGACAGGCACAAAUGAAUAUAAAUCACCUUGAAUUUGAGAGACAGUGCAAGCUUACAUCUGCAUUAACUAAUCUAGAUCUCACUCUAAGUUCUGCACUUAACUAUCUUUGCUCCAGUAACUCACUUUUCUUCUAACUCAAAGCCAUUCACUGGCUUUAGGCUCUGCCCUCUUAACCAGUUCAUUUAACAGGAGCAAGGUAAAUCCACUAACAACUUCCACUGGGAAGGCUUCAGGUUUCCAACUACGCCCUCUGCUGCCAAGUUUAUAUACUUAAAGCUCUUUCCUCUCACAGGCCAUUUCAAUUGCAUCCUACCAUGGAUGGUACCAUGUGGUUUGUGACCACAACAUAAGACCUGGUCUUAGGUUAGUGAUAGCUUUCUCCUAAGAAAUUAUGAAACUAUUUUAAAAACAACUAUAAUCUAUCACCUGGUCACUGUCCUAAUAAACUGGACCUUCUUUUUGUCAAAAGAAAAGAUUCUGGACUCUAACUGCUUUCAGUCUAAAAUGAAGGGUGUAAAGGAAGAAUUUUUAAAGCCACACCGAACAAAUGUAUGUAAACGUAGCCUCAUAUUUCACAAUUUCAUAGUUUUUUGAAGCUACCUACAUAACUGUAUUUGUACAGCUACUCUUAUCUUUUAAACCAGUACAAUAAUAUAAUAUGUGGCUUUAUCCAUCUUCACAGAAGAAUGUGAAAUGGAAUCACUGAGUGCAAUUCAUUACAUAAAAUUAAGAAGAAAUUACAGACAUUAUGCACAUGACUCAGAAUAAUCAUGUCAAUUAUUCAUGUUUGCCAUGGAAUAACUUUCCUUUUAAUGUGAAAUCACUGAACCAUUUUCCUGCUUUUGUCAUAAUAGCCUUCUUUUACAUGAAAUGAGUCAUUUGUUUGAUUCAGUAUAAUUCUACUUUUAUGAAUGUUUGGACCAAAGUGUUGUAUCGACCAACUAACGUUUCCAUCUAUAAAGUCACAACACUAGUAUGGCUCAAAAUAACUGUGAUUUCAUGAAUAUUUUUACUGUCCUUUUCUGUUUUAGUGUGGCAUGCUGACCAUGUGUGUUUUAUUGAGACAAAGACCUUUAUGUUAAAGCACUCGAACAGAACAUGUAACAAUUAAAGCAGGGGACAUAAAUAAAAAUACCAUCUACUCUAAUGAGGUUUUGUUACUUUAAAAUUAAAACAUCAGUGGUCAUUCACUUUUAAUAAUAUAGAGGUCAGGCCUGGUGAUUGGACAAAGCUAGCACUGUGAAAGUCACUUUGGACCCUUGGCAAUUGUGGUUAUUUUUCCAGACCAAGCCAUUAAUUAAUGGAGGACGUUAAAUGAAGCCAUAAUGGUAAUUAGUGGUAAAUUUCUCCUAUGCAAAAUAAACAUUAGCUCUACUUCUACCAAACACAGCAAAAUCCUUUAUAUUAAUGCAUAAUUGUCUAAUAUAAUAUAA